GCUUCGUCACCACCAAUCGCGCGGACCCCAGCAGCCCCAGAGGAUACCUGACCGACUCACCUCUCCGCCGCCGGGGGCGUAUUCCCACAAGCCCUACAGCCAGCGAGAGGGCUCCAGGGUCGAAAGGUCGUAUCCGAACCAGAUGGGCUCCGUGCCGCCUCGGAGAAUGGCCGUGGAAACAGAGCCGUCGGAUAUAAGAGAAAGCACCUUUGGGCGGAAUCGCAAGCGUCAAGCGGAACCCGCUUCGGACGACGAAGGUGCGGGCGCCUCAGGAAAUGGCUUCGUAAGUGGCUAUCAGAAACUGGUCCAGGACAGCCAGAAAAAGAACGGCCGGUCAGGGGCAGCCCAGGCCGCCAAUAGCAUCACAGCCAACAAGAAGCGGAGCCUCGGCACCACCAUGAAGCGAGGCAUCGGCAAGUUUGUCCCGCCCCUGAUGUCGAGCAAAGACCAGCGGGAUGAGGAGGACUCGUACGGGACCAUGCGCGGACAACAAAGGAACGCAAAGCCGAUGGCCGUCCGGCCCGGACCUGUGUCUCGAUCCGGAUCUGGAUCCGGAUCUGGUCCUGGCUCGGCACUGGUAGACCAGGAGGAGGAGCUCAUCGAUGAGCGUCUCAGGAACAUUGAGCCGCGUAUGAUCGAGAUGAUCAUGAACGAGAUCAUGGACCAAACUCCCGGCAUAGACUGGGACGACAUUGCCGGCCUUGAGCACGCCAAGAACACCAUCAAAGAAAUCGUUGUUUGGCCCAUGCUGCGUCCAGAUAUCUUCACGGGACUGCGCGGGCCACCGAAGGGAUUGCUCCUGUUUGGACCACCAGGAACGGGCAAAACUCUGAUAGGGAAGUGCAUCGCGAGCCAGUCUGGGGCAACAUUCUUCAGCAUCAGCUCAUCGUCCCUCACAUCAAAAUGGAUUGGCGAAGGCGAAAAGAUGGUCCGGGCGCUGUUUGCGGUGGCCCGGGUUCACCAGCCGAGCGUGAUCUUCGUUGACGAAAUCGACUCGCUUUUGACCCAACGCACGGAUGGCGAGGUCGAGGCCACACGAAGGAUCAAGACGGAGUUUCUGAUUCAAUUCGAUGGAUGCGGUACAAGUGCCGAGGACCGCAUCCUUAUGAUCGGAGCAACGAAUCGGCCCCAGGAGAUCGACGAAGCGGCACGAAGACGCUUUCGAAAGAAGCUGUACAUCCCGCUCCCAGAGGCAGAUGCCAGACGAUGUAUCGUCGAGAAUCUACUCAAGAAGCAAACACACCAGCUCUCGGAGGAAGAGAUUUGCACGAUCGUCACCAAAACCGAUGGCUAUAGUGGAUCGGACAUGGACGGCUUGGUUCGUGAGGCGGCCCUCGGGCCCAUCCGAGACAUCAAAGACAUCCGCAAUAUCAACGCAAGCGAUGUUCGGCCGAUCAUGUAUUGCGAUUUUGUCGAAGCCCUGACCCAGGUCCGCGCCUCCGUCUCCGACAAGGACCUCGAUUUGUACAUCAAAUUCGAUGGCGAGUACGGAAGCGUCAAUCGAAAGUAGUUCCCGAUGACCCAUGCCUCCAGGAUGUGGAUAGUACUUGUAGAUGACGGGUGUGCAUAUUUCUACCCACUCACCCUUCCCCCUAAUAUAGUAGAAAAGUAUGGUAUUCCGUUUCAUGUUUCGGGAUGGCUUUCGUAUCUACCGGGUUCGCUUGUGGGGGGACACAAGCCCACCCAGCGACAGCACUUGAGUACAAGGUUCUACACUAUAUUCAGAAAAAAACGGGACACCACAGCCGUUUCCAUGAACAUGUAGUAUGUGAUGGCAUGCGUCAAGCAAAGCCACAAUAAAUAGAUCAGAUCACUUUGGCAGCCUCCGAGUGAAGACCGCCGGUCGCUCUCCGAUCUCCACAAUCGACCUGCAUACUGUGAUCAUGUUGCGCGC